UUUACACUAUAAAACUUAAGGGUCGAAUCGGAUUAGGAUCGGACUUUAUUUUUAUUCAUUUUUGAACUAUAAAUAAGUUAGGGCCCUAUCAAAUUGUGAAGAGUCAUUUGGAUCGCGAUCCAUUACCACCCCUAACUGUACCCGCCAUCCUCCUAGAACCCUAACGCCUUCGUUCUAAAAAAUCUAACCAUGGCAACCGCCGCCGCCGCCGCCGCCCCGCUUGACGACGCCAAGGCCAAGAAUGUUAUACGCCAGGUGGAGUUCUAUUUUAGUGACAGCAACCUCCCCCGCGAUGGGUUCCUACGCAGGACUGUCGAGGAAAGCGAGGAUGGAUUGGUGAGCUUGGCUCUCAUCUGUUCCUUCUCGCGGAUGAGGUCACACCUAGGUCUCGAAGGGGAUGCGAAACCAGAAACAGUGCCAGAGGAGACCGUGCUUGCAGUUGCCGACAUCUUGCGCCGUUCCACAGCGCUCCGCGUAUCAGAGGAUGGGAAGAAAGUUGGUAGGUCUAAGGAGUUGUCGAAGCCAGAUGAGGUUAUAGAGCAAGUGGACUCCAGGACAGUUGCUGCAUCACCGCUUCCUUACAAUGUAAAACUGGAGGAAGUCGAAUCUUUUUUUGCUCAGUGUGGCAAGGUAAAUAGUGUGAGGCUACCUCGACAUGUUUCUGACAAAAGGCAUUUCUGUGGCACUGCUUUAGUUGAAUUUUCAGAAGAAGAUGAGGCAAAAGGCGUUUUUGAGAAAAAUCUCAUUUUUGCUGGGGCAGACCUGGAAAUAAGACCAAAGCCACUACGCACUCCCCAAAAAUAUUCUUCUAGUUGUUGUAUUGAUUGGUUUUGGAAAGAAUUUGAUACUGAAAGAGAGGCAAAGAAAGAAGCAUAUGAGAAGUCACAUCCUAAUAAGAGCAGUCAUGGUGAAGGCUAUCCAAAAGGUCUGAUUCUGGCCUUCAAGCUGAAGAAAACUGCAGAUGAUGGUGAGACAGGAAAAAGUGGUGGGGGCAAAGUAGAUGACACUGACCUUACUAAGAAUAAUGGAGCUUCCGAUGCUACAGAGAAAUCCAGUGUAGAGAAUGAUGAGAAGAUCACUGAGAAUAAAGGCAAUGUGAGUGAGGAGCAGGCCGAUGCCGUUGAGGAAUUGAAAGGGCUGUCUGCUGGGGAAACUUUACAAUCUGUUCCCAAGGUUGAUAAAAGCCCUUCAAAUAAAGAUCAAGAUAUAAUCUCGAGGGAGGAUUUAAAAGAAGAAUUCACUAAAUUUGGCACAGUGCGGUAUGUGGACUUCAGCAUUGGGGAAGAUUCUGGAUUCAUUCGGUUUGAGGAUCCUGCAGCAGCUGACAAGGCCCGUGCAUUUGCAGCCAUUGCAGAUGAAGGUGGUUUGACUAUGAAAGGCCACAUAGUCAUUUUGGAACCUGUGUCUGGUCAAGCUGAAAAGGAUUAUUGGAGUGCAAUUCGGGGCGUUCAGGAGAAAUAUAAAGAUAGCCGAAACAACAGAGGACGGGACUGGAAGAACAACCGAGGCGGAAAGCAGUUUGGCGGUGGGAAGCGGGGUCGCCACUUCGACUCCCGUGACAGGGCCUCCAAUAAAGCUCAGAAAGUUUAGAUGCAGGAUAUAGAUUUAAUCUCCAUAUAUAAUGAGGAAAACAUUAUUUUGCGCUUCUUCAGUUUGCAUCGUGGAAUUGUCAUUUGUUUUUUAUGUUUAUUUUCUCUUUGUGAAUGUUGGCCUGCACUUUGAAGAGCAAUCUAUGAACCACGAGGCAUGCAGCAUGCUGAUAAUGGAAGGGGCUUGGCUCCCUCUAUGGUUGUUCAAGUAUAUUGUACUAUUACUCAUUAGUUAUACUAA